AUGCAACAGCAACCUGAUGUAUACCUCGAGUCUCACAAACAGGUCCUUAAAUGGACCAAAGAGUUGGAAUUCUUAGGCUAUAUCCUCUCAGAAAUAGUUGACCCAGAUGGCCUCGAAGAAAGAGGAUAUUAUUGUCACCAGGCAGCGGACCUCCCUGCAAUUGUCGAUACCCUCGAAUGUGCUUGUUUCCAGCCCAACAGCAGGCUUCGAUGUGUAUUGGACGAAAGAACUUCGAGACAUUUCAGAAACUUACUCUUGAGGUCGAAGCAAAUUCGCAAUGUGAUGGCUCACCAUCUUUCGUUGACUCAUGAGAAAUUAUUGGCCUUGGGAAAUACAAAGGAGGAGCUUGAACGGGAAUUCCAAUUUGCUAUCAGUCAAGUCGCAUCGAGAUAUAACAUUCAACAGGUCACUUGGUAUCCCGAUGACACUGAGUUCAGCGGAUCAUCACACCGUCAUACUGAAGCCAUCGCUUUGGGCAGUGAGCCACCACUAUACCAGCGCCAGAGAAUCCUUGCAUUUGAAGCAGGGCCAUCAAAUAUGCCGAAAAAGAACAAAAAGAAAAAACAGAAGAAACAGGAAGAAAAGGAACGGACAAUGAUGGAACAGGAAGAAAAGAAACCGAAAAAGAAGAAGCGGAACAAAAAGGCGACAGAAGAAAGCCGAGCGGCCCAUUUGAUAGCUCUCGAGGCGUCCUUGAGACGUAAGCUUGGUAAAAUUCAGAAAGAAAAAGCACAGAUCAUGGAGGCUAAAGCUCGCAAGCUUCAAACAUUGGAGCAAACAUAUCGUCAGAGGUGGCAGGAGAGAAUGGAAGAGAUCAAUCGCAUUCUUCUUCUGACGAAACAUGAAGAGCGAGACCUAAAAGUCCAAUACGGAAAGAUAUUUGGCGAACCAUUUGGAGCCAAUGUUAGCACAGAUGCACUUUUUAUUUUGCUUCUCCUAGCCUUGAGCUCUCCGUUGUGGCUUUCUGGAUUGAUUGUCCGCAAAUUUGGGGUACAGAUUGUGAGGUGA